AUGUCGUCUAUCGUGAUCGUUACCGGAGGCGCCUCUGGGAUCGGCUUUGAGAUCUGCCACCACUUUCUUGCCAGUCAAGCCGCGCAUGUGGUCAUACUCGACACGAACGCGCAGAACGGAGCGGCGGCAGUCCAAAAGCUCACAAGCGAAUUUGCGAGCGCUUCGGUCACCUUUAUAGAGUGCGACGUAACCUCCUGGACUAGCCAAGCGGGAGCAUUUGAGCAGAUAUAUCAACAGCACGGGCGCAUCGACAUUGUCUUCGCAAAUGCUGGCAUUUCCGAAAAGGAGCCAGUCUACGGAGCAAACGUAGCCGAGCUGAAGGAGCCAAGCCUCGCAGUCGUGGACGUGAAUGUUUGCGGUGUUAUCUAUUCAAUAAACCUUGCGGUUCAUUACAUGGCGAAGAAUCCUCUCAGUCCCAACGACUCAACCCAGCUGCGCGGGCGCAUCUUCUGCACCUCAUCAUGCGCCGGGAUCUAUCCAUUUGCAACAUUGCCGCUGUACACAGCAAGCAAGCAUGCAGUCGUAGGCCUCGUGCGGUCUCUAGGCCGACCACUGACAGAGCCCCCGUUCCAGAUCCAGAUUAAUGCGUUUGCGCCUGGGCCAAUCCAGACAGGUUUCUCCUCAGACGCCACGGUCUAUCAGAACCUGUUUACGACGCCACUGUCCACCAUAACCAAGGCUGUUAAUAUCCUGAUGGAAGCACCAAAUAUCACUGGAAAGGUUUUCGAGCUACAUGGGGAGCAUAUCACCCUAUCCCCACCCCCGUCGUACGCGCACGAAGAGACGGGGAAGAACAUUGAGUAUUAUUGGUCGCUCGGGCAUAUUUGA